AUGACAAUAAUUAGGUUAAAAUGUUUCAUUCUAGUGCUAACCCUAAUUGCACUUUUUCAUGCAGGAUCAUCAAGAGAAGUACCAAAACCAAAAAACAAUACAAGUAAUCUAAACCCUAAAGAAGUUAAUACACUAGUUUCCAUUAACACUACAACAAAUACAUCACAUUUGAAUGAUAAGGAUGAUAAGCAUUUUAUAGCAUUUGCUGGGAUGGGAGCUGCAGGAGGAGUUGGUGGUGCUGCUGGUAUUAUUCCUAUUGAUUUCCAAGGCCUUGGUCCCGGGACUAUACCGACAUUCGGUGGACUUGGAGGCGGUGGAACUGGUGGUGGUAUCGGUGGAGGAGCCGGCACUGGAGGUAUUGGUGGUGGUGUAGGUGGUGCUGGUGCUGGUGGUGGUGCUUGUCCUAGUAGUACUAAUACUAGUGGACUUCUUCCUAGUCCGUGA